AUGCCAAUUGCUGGGAGUUCCACCAGUUCAGGGCUGACGGAGAAGCCUCAAGACCGGUCGGAGCAGGAUAUCCCCGGCCCAAAUGGAGGCCCAAACCCCCCAUCAAAUCAAAAUAUCAUCAUGGAGAGGGAAUCGCAUGACCGAAAAAGGGAGAACCAUGCGUCUCUGCAGCUUAUAUCAAAAAGGCCCUUUAAGGCAAGACUGGAAUCGCUUUUUGCACCAGGAGGAAAGUUGCGACCAUUCAGGCUACUACGCCAGGAUAUUUCCAAUACGAGGAAGAGAUACGUGUCCGAUUGGUCAUACUUCAAUCAAUUGAUACUCGCAAGUGCCGUUUAUGUAUUCUUCACGAAUCUCCUGCCUGGGAUUACGUUUGCCAGUGAUUUAUAUGUAUUGACGGGCAAGGCGUGGGGCACAAUCGAGGUGGUGUUUAGUACAGGGCUAUGUGGGAUAAUAUUUUCCGUAUUCUCUGUACAGCCUUUAACAAUUCUCGGCGUUACGGGUCCAUUUUCUGUUUUGGCUGAGAAUAUAUACUCGCUAUGUAGAGAUUCAUUCCAUAUAGAUUUUCUUCCCUUCAUGGCAUGGUCUCUUAUCCAUGCCGCUUGGAUGCACUAUUUACUCGCAAUCUUUAAUGCUCACGACUGGACGAUGCAAUAUGUUACUACAUUCAGCGCCGAUAUUUUCUCUCUUCUAAACAGUGUUAUCUAUUUCCACAAGGCGAUCCAGGAACUCCAACGGAAUCAUGCUGCUGUAUCUCUAGCCUCAUUCCUAUACUCUGUCAUCGGCGCCGUUGGAACUUUCCUUCUCGCAGUCACCCUUUCCACCGCAAAUUCUUGGAAGCCACUCUUCCACCGAUAUGUUCGCAUGGGCUUGACCGAAUACGCGGCGGCAAUAUCUAUUAUAUUUUUUAUAGGGAUGCCUCACGUGGGUGAGCUUGCGAACUUAGAUAAGCAGACACUGGCGGUGCAAACAUCGUUCCGACCAUCAAGCCCUGACCGCACUAUCUUCUUCGUCGAAUUCUGGAAGCUGCCUAUAGCGUGGAUCUUUAUUGCGAUAAUUCCUGGAGCAAUCAUCACAACGCUGUUCUACUUCGACCAUGAGAUUAGUAGCAUAAUCUGUACACUUGAUCGAUAUGGGACGAAGAAACCGGGAGGAUUUGCCUGGGAUAUCGUCCUGCUAGGAACCACGACAGCAAUAUGUGGCAUUCUGGGAAUACCGCCAUCAAACGGUCUCCUCCCACAGGCCCCAUUGCAUUCCGAAUCUCUCCUCCACACGGUUAAAACGGAUAUUAUCAGCAUAGACGAGAAGAUAGGCGACAGGAGAGUGGAAUUUAAGGAGGAGCAAGAGGUUUAUGAGCAACGCUGGUCACCAUUUCUCCAAGCAGCCGGUAUACUUAUCUUCGUCUCGCCACCUUUCCAACACGUUCUAGGCCUCACACCCACCUCUGUCCUAGCUGGGCUCUUCCUCUUCAUGGGCGAGCAAUCACUUGCCGUGAACCCUAUACUCUACCGCUUCUUCUACAUCCUCACACCACCUUCCGAACUACCGCCUCUUCCAACGAGAGUGAAGGGCUAUUGGGGAAUCCAUGCAUAUACCGUUCUUCAAAUCGUAAUGACGGGGAUCAUCUUCUAUGUUACACUCACAGUUGCUGCACCCGCCUUCCCAGUGAUUAUCAUCGUGCUAGUGCCAGCGCGCUUAUUGCUCAUGAACCGGAUAUUUGAUCGGGAGACAUUGAGAUUUGUGGAUAAGUGGGCGUGCCAGGACGGGACGCCGGAAGAUGAUGAGGACCGGAGAAAUGGGAUUGUGAUUGAAGCGGAGGAAAUGGGAAAGAAAGAGGACCAAGUGCCAAACCAAAGUGUUCUAGGCGAGAAUUUUGUCUAG